AUGGCGGCGAGCCGUGAGAGAAGCGCGCCGCCGGACCCCGCGGCCGAGGCGGCGGAUGCGGAGUCGCUUCGAAUAGCCGAGGAGAUUGUUGGGAGCGGUGCGCCGCCCGCCAUCGGCGCACCCGUCGACGCGCGCCUGUUGAGAAGCGUCGACGGUCUCGCGCGCGACCUCGAUCACGCUAUUCGCACGGCCGCGACGCUGUCGCAGCAGCACGACGCAAUCGCCACGUGUCUUCUCAUCGCGAACGCGCUGUGCGACUGGCCGGAGAGCGACGAGCCGCGGCCGCGGGAGGCGUUCGGCUUCCGCGUGCUGCGCAGCAUGCCGGACGCCGCCGAGUCGCUGCUGCUGCGAGGCAAGCCAUGGGUUGCGCGGGUGCGUUGUGAUGCGGGGGAGGUGCGCGGGGAGGGCCGAGCACUCAGCACCGCACCAUUUUCUCUUCCCUCAUCCCCCCACGCCUUUUCCGCCUCCGCUCGAUCUCCCUCUUCCCCCCUCCUCUCCGUCGCCCUCGUCCUCGCCUCCCUCUCUCACCCCCUGGCAGACACGUUCUUUGUGAUGGAGCACAGCAGCAGCAGCAGGCGGCGGGCAGCAGCGACCCCGUGGAGGGGCUUCUGCGGCCCGCAGGGCAGCUCGCACGUCCCCGCCACCGCCACCACGCCCGCUGCUCUCUCCCCGCUGCUGCCCGCGGGCCUGCGCGCGCCUUUCCUUACGCAGCUGGAGGUGGCGUCCUCACAGGUCGACCGCACUGCCAAGAGGCAGCGGUCGCAAGGCGCCAUGCUGGCACGGCAGCACAGCCAGGAGGACGUGGAGCAGGUGAGCGCGCACCACACGGGUACCUUGUCUUUAGCAUCCCGUGCCCCGCUUGCCCCUUGCUCCACUCUGCCGCCUGCUCAUGCUGCUGCAUGCGUGCGUUCCCUUGCCUCUUCACCAUUCCCAUUCGCUCGCCUCCUUAACUCACCUGCCCAUGGUGCUUCCCCUCCCCCUCGUGCCCGUGCCGUCCAUCCCCGCCCUCGUUGCUGCGCCCAGCUGCACAAUCUCAGGGCGCGGCGUUUCUUCCUGCUGCUCAACCACCCACUGUCGCACCGACCUCCACCUCCAUCUCCCCUGCCACGAUCACUCUCACAGUCACAGUCCCAAUCAUCAGCGCUCCACCCCGUGUCACCCUCAGGCUCGCAACCACAGGCAGUGACAGCAGCAGGCUCACAACAACCAAUGGCGGUGUCGGCCUCAGGGUCACAGCCGUGCACCCCAUCGUUCUCCUCCUCCGCAGUGCCCAUGGCAGAGAGUGCAGCGCCCCCCCACCGCUUCUGCCAGCCACUCUCCCUUGUACUCGUCUCCUCCAACCCCUCCCACACCCCACCUCCCACCUCUACCACCUCCCCCUUCCCCUCUCUCGCCCCUGCCGCUGCCCCUGCCGCCCUGCCUGCACCCGCCGCUGCGUCUCCCACUCCCACAGUCAACGCGAGGGAGCUGUACUCUCACGUGAAGGCGUACCUGGUCGGGCGAGCUGGGGGGAAUGGCAGUGGGGACGGCAGUGCCGAGGGCAGUGCGGAGGGCAGUGGGGACGGCAGUGGGGGGGGCAGUGGGGAGGAGGAGGCGCAGGCCCUGUGGCGUGUGGUGCAGGCAUGCGGGGUGGAGUCAGCAGAGGGGCUGAGUGGCGUGGUGGACGAGAGGGGGUGGACCGCCAUGCAUGUGGCUGCUCGCAAUGGUGACUCCCCCGUGCUGCAGGCGCUGUUGCGCAUGGGCAUGCCAGCAGGGGUGUGCAGCACACGCAAUGCCACCACGCCACUGCACCUGGCGGCAUAUGGCGGCCACGUGGAGAGCAUGCACCUGCUGGCUGUGACAUCCGCGCACAUCCGCGCGGAUGGCUGUGGUGCUGACAUCCGCGCUCGCACGGCUGGCGGCUGGACCCCUUUGCACAACGCAGCGAGCCAGCAGCAGUGGGGCGCAGUUCGGUGGCUGGCGCAGCAGGGGAUAGAACCAGCAGAGGUGGAAGCAGCGGGAGGCAACCCCAAUGCAAACAGGCUGCCAGCACACCUCAUGGCCCAGGCGGUGCAGAUAGUGCGGGAGGAGCAUGCUAGGCGACCAGGCCACGCGGGAGAGGGGGGGCAUGGGUUUGGGGAGGAGGCUGGUGUGGGUGCGAGCUGGGUGGAUCAACUCCUUGUGCUCGACGAUCACCUUGACAUUGCAUGA